CAGACUGAAGAGCUUUUUUUCUGAUUGGCUGAAGAGUUUGUUUUCUUGGCUCUAAACUGCAACUUAUCUAGACAUAUCUAAGAUAAUGAAACCAUAUUAGGACGCGACAUGUUUCAUAAAAUCGGCCAUAUUAAAGCCACUGUACGGACCUAUCUCAAACGAUUGAAGAAAAUGAUUAAGGCGCUUGUUUUGUUCUGUUUAUGUUUUGUUCCUCUGAUUGGGGUGUUUGCUGUUGAGACAGAUGAAAUAUUGUCAGCGAUGGAGGGAGAUUCGUUCACUCUUCGUACCGGUCUUACAGAAAUACAGAAGGAAGAUGAGAUCGAGUGGCGCUUCGGUUUGAGCAGAACUCGUAUAACCAGAAUAGCGUCGGGAAACAUUACUACAUAUAAUGACGAGAAAUUUAGAGACAGACUGCGGCUCGAAAAACAGACUGGAGAUCUCACCGUCACAAAUAUCACUAACGAACACAAUGGUGUUUAUCAGCUGAGCAUCAUUAUCAAGAAUAAGAAGUCAACCAAGCGAUUUACUGUCAAUGUUUAUGCUGCUGUGCCCAUUCCUGUAAUCUACAGUGAUACUUUACAAUGUGCUAUAUCGGCUGAAAGAUCAUCAAGAAUCUUCCUGUGUUCAGUGUUGAAUGUUAGUCAUGUGAGUCUCUCCUGGUACAAAGGAAACAGUUUAUUGUCCAACAUCAGUGUGUCUGAUCUCAGCAUCAGUCUCUCUCUACCUCUGGAGGUGGAAUAUCAGGAUGACAACACCUACAGCUGCAUGGUGAACAAUCCUGUCAGCACCCAGACCAAACAUCUGGACAUCACUCAACACUGUCAAAUAUAUUCAGACUGUGACCUUUGUUUUGACUUUCCUGAGGCUGUGAUCCGACUGGUCGUCACUGCUUUGAUAAGUGUGGCUGCUGUUUCUGCUGUUGUUCUUUUAAUUAAUGACAUCAGAAGGUUCGGAGGAACACAGGCAAUGAAACGGUGAUGUACUUGAUAUUGUAUAGCAAUAAUAAAGAGUUUGUUUCUUUCUC